CCCUUCCGCUUCCUCCUGCCUCGGUCCCGCUGCCGCUGCUGCUGCUGCUGCCCAGGGUGCCUACCAGGCUCUCCACUCCCUGGUGCCGAAGACGCUCCAUCGUCACCGCCGCCCCCAGGUCCCGACGCGAUGCAGGCCAUCAAAUGUGUGGUGGUGGGAGAUGGAGCCGUGGGCAAGACCUGCCUCCUCAUCAGCUACACCACCAAUGCCUUCCCGGGAGAGUACAUCCCCACCGUAUUUGACAACUAUUCAGCUAACGUGAUGGUGGACAGCAAGCCGGUGAACCUGGGGCUGUGGGACACUGCUGGGCAGGAGGACUAUGACCGCCUCCGGCCACUCUCCUACCCCCAGACGGAUGUCUUCCUCAUCUGCUUCUCCCUCGUCAGCCCAGCCUCCUAUGAGAACGUCCGUGCCAAGUGGUUUCCCGAGGUUCGGCACCACUGCCCCAGCACACCCAUCAUCCUGGUGGGCACCAAGCUGGACCUGCGGGACGACAAGGACACCAUCGAGAAGCUGAAGGAGAAGAAACUGGCGCCUAUCACCUACCCACAGGGCUUGGCACUGGCCAAGGAGAUCGAUUCGGUGAAAUACCUGGAGUGCUCGGCCCUCACCCAGCGAGGCCUGAAAACUGUCUUCGACGAAGCCAUCCGGGCCGUCCUGUGUCCCCAGCCCACGCGGCCGCAGAAGCGCCCCUGCAGCAUCCUCUAGGGGUGUCCCAGUCUUCCCAGCCAGAUGGUUCCGACCCUCCAGGGCCCCCACCCAGAACCCGAUGGCACCCCGGCUGGCCACGCUGUCCCCUUCCUGUGGCGCUUCCUAGCACGUGCUCAGAGCUUGGUUGAUGGUCUUCUCUGUGCUGGAGGCCCCCGAGGGUCCGAAGGUGUGAAUCCGUAGGUGCUGUGUCCCGAUCCCCUCAUGCUCCUGCCUCCCCAGGGGCUGGAGGGGAGCCCCAGGACCCAAUAAGCCCCCCCUGCAUUACUGUGGUAUGUCCCCCGGCCACAUACGGCAGCAUGUACCCAUUUACCCCGACCCCUGAAUCUCCUUUGGAAACUUUGGGCCAGAUGGUUGCCGGCCACCACUUGUAUGCCUCCGGAACGGGCCUCUCACUCCCCCUGAGGCAUCCACUCCAGUACUGCUGGUCUUGCUUGUCUGAAAGUUCUUCUGCUGCGCUCAUAUGAGUGUCUCAGAAGUGUGUCCCUCUGGUCUUAAUGCUCCUUUGGGGACAACAGAAAACAAUCAGAUUUCCCAGAAGUCUGUGGGCACUGCCCAGCCAGCCUGAAGUCGGGGUGCAGCUGGCUCCUGCCGCCCUCGUCUUUCUGCUCCACUCGGGAUCCUGAGCUGCCUCAGACCCUGCUCGCCAGGAACUUUGCUAUUGCAAACAGAAAACCCGAUUCAACCUGCUUAAGUAGAAAAUAAAUUUACUGAUUCCAGUUUGGAAA